UUUCUAUUCAAUUAAGCCUUAUAAUAGUGACAAUUGGUAUUAACCUGGUUUGUGAAUUUUUUUUAUUAAGGAGAGGGCGCUAGAAUAAUAAUAAACAUGUAACUGUUAGGGUCAAAAGAUUAGGCAUUUUGAGAUGUAUAGUAACAUUUAUCUCAAUUAUUGCUGUUUUUCAAGGUUAGAGACACAAAGUAGACUAAAUUCUGUUUGUUGAAUGAUGACAUCUUAUUUGCCGUUACAGGUUGGCUAUGAUUCUGGGCUAGAUGAAGAAAACUUAAAAUAUGAAAGACUUAGAUAAUCCUAUAAAACUCAAUAAAACCUUUCAAUUCUAACUUUAGAACACUUACUGAAUUCAAACCAAUUGCUGUGGAACACAAUUUUUAAAAUCCUGUUUUAAAAUAUAACUGCUACACAUCUAGAGCUUCUGGAGACAUCUCAGCCAGGGGCAGGUUUGCCCCUGACCACCAUUGUCCUGUUUUGGGGUGGGAAGGGCUUAGCUAGCACUGUUGCCACCCUAAAACAAUGCAUCGAUGAAGACGAGCACACGGCUUUGCAUAAGAGAGAAAACCAAAAAAUGUGGAAGACAGAAAACCCUGAGCCUGCUCAUUUAGAUUUUGAAGGACAAAUUGCUUAUCAUCCAAGUGAAGAUUAGAUUUGGCAGUGUGACUGGCCCCAUCCUGCGCACUAUGUAGUGUGUAAAUACUCAUUUCUGUGGCCAACCUAUUAGAAUGUGUGGCUCAGUGAGGCAAGACCUACUUUGUCCCACCUCCUGGAAAACACAGAGAACUUCAUGUCGAUGGUGCCAAGGACAACUUCAGCUCUCGGGUCCCUGAAGAAAUGUUUGUUUUUGUGUUUACACCUCUCAUUGAACCUCACGUUCCUCUUCGUCCUGCUAACACCAUUACCAAGGUCCCAUCAGAGAAGAUCCUCAGAGCUGGAAAAAUCUUACGAAAUGCCAUUCUUUCUAGAGCACCUCAUAUGAUAAGAGACAGAAAAUAUCACCUAAAGACAUACAGACAAUGCUGUGUGGGAACCGAGCUGGUGGAUUGGAUGAUGCAGCAGACCCCAUGUGUUCAUUCCCGCACUCAGUCCGUUGGCAUGUGGCAAGUCCUAGUAGAAGACGGUGUUCUCAACCAUGUGGACCAGGAGCACCAUUUCCAAGACAAAUAUUUAUUUUAUCGAUUUCUGGAUGACGAGCACGAGGAUGCCCCUUUGCCUACUGAGGAGGAGAAGAAGGAGUGUGACGAGGAGCUCCAGGACACCAUGCUGCUGCUGUCACAGAUGGGUCCCGAUGCCCACAUGAGGAUGAUCCUCCGAAAACCACCUGGCCAGAGGACUGUGGAUGACCUAGAGAUUAUCUAUGAAGAGCUCCUUCACAUUAAGGCCUUAUCCCAUCUUUCUACCACAGUGAAACGGGAGUUAGCAGGAGUUCUAAUUUUUGAGUCUCAUGCCAAAGGAGGAACUGUGUUGUUUAACCAGGGGGAAGAAGGUACCUCCUGGUACAUUAUUCUGAAAGGAUCAGUGAAUGUAGUCAUUUACGGCAAGGGUGUGGUCUGUACCCUGCAUGAGGGAGAUGACUUUGGCAAGUUAGCGCUGGUUAAUGAUGCCCCGAGAGCUGCCUCUAUCGUCUUGCGAGAAGAUAAUUGCCAUUUCUUAAGAGUAGACAAGGAGGACUUCAACCGGAUUCUGAGGGACGUUGAGGCGAAUACAGUCAGACUUAAAGAACAUGACCAAGAUGUCUUGGUGCUGGAGAAGGUCCCAGCAGGGAACAGGGCUUCUAAUCAAGGAAACUCACAGCCUCAGCAAAAGUAUACUGUGAUGUCAGGAACACCUGAAAAAAUUUUAGAGCAUUUUCUAGAAACAAUACGCCUUGAGCCAACUUUAAAUGAAGCAACAGAUUCUGUUUUAAAUGAUUUUGUUAUGAUGCACUGUGUUUUUAUGCCAAAUACCCAGCUUUGCCCAGCCCUGGUGGCCCAUUACCACGCACAGCCUUCACAAGGUACAGAACAGGAGAAAAUGGAUUAUGCCCUGAACAACAAGAGGCGAGUCAUCCGCCUGGUUUUGCAGUGGGCUGCAAUGUAUGGAGACCUCCUGCAAGAGGAUGACGUGGCCAUGGCUUUCCUGGAGGAGUUUUAUGUGUCUGUAUCAGAUGAUGCCAGGAUGAUCGCUGCGCUCAAGGAGCAACUGCCCGAAUUAGAGAAGAUUGUCAAACAAAUUUCAGAAGAUGCAAAGGCUCCACAAAAGAAGCACAAAGUUCUCCUGCAACAGUUUAAUACCGGCGAUGAACGAGCCCAGAAGCGCCAGCCUGUCCGUGGCUCUGACGAAGUUCUGUUUAAGGUCUAUUGCAUGGACCACACCUACACGACCAUUCGUGUGCCAGUGGCCGCCUCCGUGAAAGAAGUCAUCAGUGCUGUUGCCGACAAGCUGGGCUCCAGUGAAGGCCUGAUCAUUGUCAAGAUGAGUUCCGGAGGAGAAAAGGUGGUGCUCAAACCUAAUGAUGUUUCAGUAUUUACGACGCUCACCAUUAACGGACGCCUGUUUGCUUGCCCGCGAGAGCAAUUCGAUUCACUGACUCCCUUGCCAGAACAGGAAGGCCCAACUGUAGGAACAGUGGGAACUUUUGAACUGAUGAGCUCCAAAGAUUUAGCAUACCAGAUGACGAUUUAUGACUGGGAACUCUUCAACUGUGUGCAUGAGCUGGAGCUAAUCUAUCACACAUUUGGAAGGCAUAAUUUUAAAAAGACCACAGCAAACUUGGAUUUGUUCCUGAGGAGAUUUAAUGAAAUUCAGUUUUGGGUUGUCACUGAGAUUUGCCUUUGUUCCCAGCUCAGCAAGCGUGUUCAACUCUUAAAAAAAUUUAUUAAGAUAGCAGCCCACUGUAAGGAGUACAAAAAUCUGAAUUCUUUUUUUGCCAUCGUCAUGGGACUAAGUAAUGUCGCUGUGAGCCGCUUGGCACUAACGUGGGAGAAACUGCCAAGCAAGUUCAAGAAGUUCUAUGCGGAGUUUGAAAGUUUAAUGGAUCCUUCAAGAAACCACAGGGCCUACAGGCUGACAGUGGCCAAGCUGGAGCCUCCACUUAUCCCCUUUAUGCCUUUGCUCAUUAAAGAUAUGACAUUUACUCAUGAGGGGAACAAGACGUUCAUUGACAAUCUAGUAAACUUUGAAAAAAUGCGCAUGAUUGCAAAUACUGCCCGAACAGUGAGAUACUGCAGGAGCCAGCCCUUCAAUCCCGACGCAGCUCAAGCUAAUAAGAACCAUCAGGAUGUCCGGAGUUAUGUACGGCAAUUAAAUGUGAUUGACAACCAGAGAACUUUAUCACAGAUGUCACACAGAUUAGAGCCUCGCCGACCGUAGACAUUUAAAGUGCCCAGAACAGUGGUUUGUCUCCAGUCCACAAUCUUUCAAAAAUGCCAUUUAUGUUACCACUUGACUGUAUUGUCACUAGAGAAUUCUACAAAACAAGCAAAAAACACAGCCUGAGACACCUCAGGACUGCAUUCAGCUUACCAGCGUCACGAUGAGAGAAGACAUUAUUGGACUUGCAUAGAGCUUGCACACUCUAGCUUAGGAAUGCCCACUUCGUAGUCACCCCAUUUCAUUUCCAUUUGUGCCAUCUUCUUUGCUGAAACCUAAAAUAAGGCCCACAUGAAGAGUGUGGUAGAAAUAUACCAUUGUCAAGAGAAUUAUCAAGCCCCUGACAUUUUUCUAGGAGUGUUUACAAGAUGACAUGAGCUAUGAAUGGGAUUUGUUUGACUACGUCAGAGGUGAUAUUGUUUCCUAGUUUCUAACUCAACAUCUUGAUUUAGAGCAUGGGAUUACUGGAAGGUUUGCAGGAUCCACGUAAGUCCAAAUUAUAGGCUGUAUUUGUCCUUCUUCAUAGUCUUACCUCUGAAGAAAUUGAACCUGUCCACAUUACUAUACAACAUUAUGGCUAAUUGUGUAAUUUAGGGAGGACUGGUCUGUAAUUUCUGGAUGGCAUAUAGAAUAAUAUUUAUGUUUACAUGUAACUUUUUUAAACUUACAAAUCAGGAUUACGUACUUAAGAAUUUCACUAAGAAACUCCAAGGUUCUUAAAAUUGCCAGCGUAAAAAUAAAAAUAAAUAACAUUUCAGAAGAGCACAAUAUGCACAAAACAUUUUUCAAAAUUAAAAUAUUUUCCUGGGCAUUAAAAACCUUUACUAUUGGCUAAUUAUUAUUACUAAUUAAAAUACACAUAUUUUCUGGAGUUAAAUGUUAUUACAAAUACCUUAAUUUUCAGCAAUUGUUUUGCACUUUCAAAUAGAUUGUAAAUAGUUCAUUCAAUCAAUGUUAUAGUUAUUUAUUUGCUACAUAAUAGAUGUUGUGCCAAAUAAUUACUUUUUAUUUAUUUAGUAUGUAAUUUUUGAGUACAUUUUUUCCUCUUAGGAAAUUAGUCUACAUUUAAUGCAUAGGGAUUGUAUGUAUGUAUAUCUCCUGUAAAUACCAGCUAGUAUCUUCAUUAAAUAUAAUUGUUGACAAGAA